UUUAGGUAUCUUCUAAAGAAAUAUUGAAAAAUAUAAAAAUAAUAAAUACCUAUAUAUAUGCUUGAAGUGUUAUGUAUAAACUAAGAAAGAAAAUUGUGUUUUGAAUACUUGGAUUGUUUAAUUUAAAGUAUCUUGUGUUACCAAAAUCAAAAUUACUUAAAUUGUAUUUAUUACAUAAAAAGUCGGAUUGAAUCAACCAUCAUUAUGGAAAAAUCACAAAAAAUGCCCAAAGUGGCUAAGGUUAAAAACAAAGCACCAGCUGAAAUACAAAUUACAGCUGAACAGCUAUUACGAGAAGCUAAAGAAAGGGAUCUGGAAAUUUUACCUCCGCCACCUAAACAAAAAAUCUCAGAUCCCCAUGAAUUGGCUGACUAUCAACAUCGGAAAAGAAAAAUGUAUGAAGAUAACAUACGUAAGAAUCGUAUGGUUAUAACUAAUUGGAUAAAAUAUGCUCAAUGGGAAGAAAGUCAAAAACAAAUACAAAGAGCGAGAUCUAUAUAUGAACGAGCAUUAGAUGUUGAUCAUAGAAAUAUUACACUAUGGCUAAAGUAUACCGAAAUGGAAAUGAGAAAUCGACAAAUAAAUCAUGCUAGAAAUUUAUGGGAUCGUGCUAUUACAAUUUUACCUAGAGCCAAUCAAUUUUGGUACAAGUAUACAUAUAUGGAAGAAAUGUUAGAAAAUAUUCCCGGAGCACGUCAAGUUUUUGAGAGAUGGAUGGAAUGGGAACCCGAUGAACAAGCAUGGCAAACAUAUAUUAAAUUUGAAUUAAGAUAUAAAGAAAUACAGAGAGCUAGAGAAAUUUUUGAACGUUUUGUAAUGGUCCAUCCAGAUGUGAAACAUUGGAUCAAAUAUGCACGUUUUGAAGAAUCCAAUGGUUUUAUAAACGGUGCCCGUAAAGUUUAUGAACGUGCAGUUAACUUUUUUGGAGAUGAAAGUUUAGAUGUCAAACUAUUCAUAGCAUUUGCAAAAUUCGAAGAAGGACAGAGAGAACAUGAUAGGGCAAGAGUAAUCUACAAGUAUGCUUUAGAUAAUAUUUCUAAAGAUAAAACAGAAGAAAUAUAUAAAGCAUAUACUAUACAUGAAAAGAAGUAUGGAGAUCGUUCAGGCAUCGAAGAUGUAAUAGUUAGCAAAAGAAAAUAUCAAUAUGAACAAGAAGUAAAAGAAAAUCCUUCAAACUAUGAUGCAUGGUUCGAUUAUCUGAGAUUAGUUGAAUCUGAAGGAAAUCCUGAUAUUGUUAGAGAAACUUAUGAACGAGCUAUAGCAAAUGUUCCUCCUACAAAGGAAAAACAAUAUUGGAGACGAUAUAUCUAUCUAUGGAUAAAUUAUGCUUUGUAUGAAGAACUUGACACAGAAGAUAUUGAUAGAUGUCGUCAGGUUUACAGAACCUGUUUAGAACUAAUACCACAUAAACAUUUUACUUUUUCUAAGAUGUGGCUACUUUAUGCAUUUUUUGAAAUACGACAAAAAAAUUUGACUGUAGCAAGGAAAACAUUGGGUAUGGCAUUAGGUAUUUGUCCCAGAGAUAAAUUGUAUCGUGGUUACAUUGAUUUAGAAAUACAACUUAGAGAAUUUGAUAGAUGUAGGAUUCUUUAUGAAAAGUUUCUUGAAUUUGGACCUGAAAAUUGCACAACAUGGAUGAAAUUUGCAGAAUUAGAAACUUUAUUAGGAGAUGUUGAUCGUGCCAGGGCUAUUUAUGAAUUAGCUGUGUCUCAACCAAGGUUGGAUAUGCCUGAACUCUUAUGGAAAUCGUACAUAGAUUUUGAAAUAUCUCAAGAUGAAAUAGAAAAUGCUAGACAAUUAUUUGAAAGAUUAUUAGAACGAACACUUCAUGUCAAAGUUUUGAUAGCAUAUGCCAAAUUUGAAUUAGCCAAUUCUCCAUCAGAAGAUAUCGAUAAUGUUACUUUAGCUCGAAGAAUUUUUGAACGUGGAAAUGAUGCGUUACGUUCAAAUGGCGAUAAAGAAAGUAGAGUAUUACUUUUGGAAGCAUGGAGAGAUUUUGAAAAUGAGAAAGGUGAUGAAGAAAGUCAAAGUAAAAUUAUUGCCAAGAUGCCGAGAAGAAUUAAACGAAGAAGAAGAAUUGUUGGAGAAGAUGGAAAUGAUGGAUGGGAAGAAGUAUUCGAUUUUGUAUUUCCUGAAGAUGAAUCCCAAAGACCUAAUCUUAAAUUCCUGGCAUCUGCUAAAGCAUGGAUGAAACAAAAAAAUUCUACCGAAAAUGUUCAAAAUGAAAAUAAACAAUCAGAAUUAGACAAUUAAAAAUAUUUCUAUAUAUUCUUACAUUGUUAAUCCUUAUUCCGUAAAAUGUAAUAUAUAUAUAUACCAUUUGUCGUGUACAAUUUUAUACUUAACAUUAUUUUAAAAGUUUAAAU